UCAACAAACUGAGAUCUUCAGAAAAAUUAGAGCUUUGCUAUAUUCAAGAGUAACAAAAAAAUUCCCAAAUUUCCAUUCUGCAAAUUCGUUCGUUAGCAAUGGCAACCUUCCUCAGUCAAGAGGCUUGCCCGACUAUAAAGAACAUUCUUUUGUUGGAUUCCGAGGGGAAGCGUGUUGCUGUCAAGUACUAUUCAGAUGACUGGCCGACAAAUAGUGCCAAACUCGCAUUUGAAAAGUCCGUUUUUACCAAGACUCAAAAGACUAAUGCGCGUAACGAAGCGGAGAUAACAAUGCUGGAGAGCAACAUUAUCGUGUAUAAGUUUGUUCAAGAUCUGCACUUUUUCGUGACUGGGGGAGACGAUGAAAAUGAACUGAUUUUAGCUACUGUCCUACAGGGCUUCUUUGAUGCAGUCACUCUUCUCCUCAGGAACAAUGUGGAACAAAGGGAGGCGCUCGAGAACUUGGAUCUGAUUCUUCUGUGCCUUGAUGAGAUUAUCGAUGGAGGGAUUGUUCUUGAAACAGAUGGUAGUAUUAUUGCUGGAAAAGUAGCCACCCACAGUAUGGAUGAUGGGGCACCACUCUCUGAGCAGACGAUAUCUCAAGCUCUGGCCACCGCACGCGAACAUUUGACAAGAUCACUUCUAAGAUGAAACCAUCUCUUCUCAAUUCUCAUACAGUACAUCUGAAAAAAGCAUCGAUUAUUUGAUGCUCCCCCUACCUAAAUUGUAGUUCGUCUGUGCUCAUUUUUCUUCGUCGAGGUUCUAUUGUUCUAAAUACUUAAAAGAUUAUGUCUGCAAUUUUUUUGUGGUUUCUUUUUGUAUUCCAUUUUCAAUAGAUUUCUUGGACACUA